CAGUUAUCUGUUUUAUCGACAAUGCUUGUGUCAUUUUUAGACGCAUUUAGGGGAAGCACCUCAAAGAUAAUCACAAGAGAAAUCAGAAAAAUAAAGCAUAGUGAAAACUUAACGAUGAGUCUACCUACGAUUUAUAGAAGUGUCGAGUCAGUGUUAAAUGUUUUAAACACACACAAGAAUGAGAAUCUUCAAGCCGUUGAAGCUUUGCUGCAAGUUUAUAACAACGCAUUGAAAGUUGCCGAGGAAAAAAAUCAAGAUUAUCCCAGUAAAUCACACCCGUUGAUCAUUCUUGAGGGGUUAGAUGGUUGUGGAAAAUCAAGAAUUUCACGCGAAUUGUCGGCGAAACUGUCCGCCGCUAAAUGGGGCACACCUCCUGAUUCAAUCAAACACAUUAGAGAGUUAUUUGAUGACCACCCAACUCUAAGAACUGCUUAUUACGCCUUGGGGAAUUAUAUUGCCGCUCUUGAAUGUACUGCCUUAUUGAAACAAAAACCAGUGGUAAUGGACAGGUAUUGGCAUUCUACUGCUGCUUAUGCCGUAGCACAGGCUGUGCAUGAUUGGGCAGGGAAAAUAGAAAUGCCCCCAGAAGGGGACAGUUUUUACAAAUGGCCUGAAGACUUGUUGAAACCCUCUAUUGUGAUAUUUCUGGAUGUGGUUGAAAACGUGAGGCUUGAAAGGUUAUCACGGCGAAAAUCAAGCACAACACAGGAAGACUUGUUGAAGAGUUCAAAGCAAUUUAGAGAUAAUAUAAUUUUGGCCUACAAAAACAUGGUGGACCCGGAAGUUGUCUUUGUUGAUUGUACUUCUCCAGUAAAGGUGGUGUUAUCACAAAUUGAUAAAAAUAUCAAACAUUUGUUUUAACUUUUCUGAUAAUAAAUUGUUACACUAA